CACCAAUCUGAACAAGGCACAGGAUCCUAGCACUGUCACGGUCACCAGACAGAAGGGUCUCAGCACAGAGAGCAAGGAGGACAACUCAGUGUACCAAGGACUGUCACUUAUAUCAGACAGGGACCAGUGCACCAAGUAAACAGGACUGUCACUUAUAUCAGACGGGGGACCAGUGCACCAAAUAAACAGGACUGUCACUGAUUUCAAACAAGAAAACCCAACGUGCCAAAUAAACAGGUCUGUCACUAAUUUCAAACAGGACAACCCAACGUGCCAAGUAAACAGGACUGUCACUGAUUUCAAGCAGUACAACCCAGCGUGCCAAGUAAACAGGACUAUCACUUAUAUCAGACAGUGUACCAAGUAAACAGGACUGUCACUUAUAUCAGACGGAGGACCAGUGCAUCAAGUUAGAAGGACUGUCACUAAUUUCAAACAGGACAGCCUAGCAUGCCAAGUAAGCAGGACUAUGAUAGCUAUCAGAAAGUAAGGCCCUGAACACAGAGUAAACAGGACUGUCAUAAACAUCAGACUGCUGGUCUGAGCACACUGAGGGCGAUAGGCACCUGGAGACAUCAGCUGAAGAGUUCUAUUUCCAGCACUGGUAACCCCAUGGAGAGGUCCGGGAACCCCUAUCUUAGCGUGGAGGCUAUCUGGUCCCGCGUGGGAUGUGUCCGUCUGGUGCAGAUGUUCUUCGGAUGUACUACUUUCAGCCUGGUCCUGCACCAAGCAGGCUUCAGCGCAGCUUACGGCGUAUUCUGCAUCUUCGUUUGGUGCUUCUGUUUUGCAAUCACGACCCUCAUUGUCAUGUGUGAGCUGACACGGCUCCAGUCGUGCUUGCGUGGAUUGUCGUGGGGAAAUUUCACCGCCACUGUGGCAAUGCUGGCCACCCUGAUGACACUCACCUGUGCCGUGAUUUACCCUCUCUACUUUGUGUCACUAAAAUGCAGCUCCACCGACUGUACCACAAGGAACUACCGGCUAGCUGUCAGCGUAAGUGCAGGACUCCUAUUCGUGGCCUAUUCUGUGGAGGUAUGUUUGACUCGUGCCAGGCCAGGGCUGUCCUGCAGUUACAUGGCUACUGCCUCGGGUCUGCUGAAAGUCGUCCAAGCUUUUGUGGCCUGUGUGAUAUUUGGGGCUUUGGCAACAGAAAGCCAAUACAAGAAAUACGUGGCCACCCAAUGGUGUGUGGCUGUAUACAGCUUCUGCUUUGCUGUGACUGUGCUGGUGAUCGUAAUGAACAUCACAGGAAGGGCAGUUACCCUGCGCUGCCCCUUUGAACACAUCGUUGUUGUAUACACUGUGGUGGCAAUACUAAUGUAUAUGAGUGCUUCCGUCAUAUGGCCUGUAUAUUGCUUUGACAGCAAGUAUGGAUCACCAGGGCGGCCAUCAUAUUGCCCGUGGGGACGAUGUUCAUGGGACAGCCAGUUAGUGGUCACAAUAUUCACCCUUAUUAACCUAUGCCUGUAUAUAGCUGACUUGAUAUAUACGCAGAAGCUACGCUUUGUAGCUCAUUAGGCCUCUAAGUGGGAGGAUUGACCUGUAUCUACAGGACCAUUUAAGUCGAUAAAUAUAUGGGGCAGGCUGGAAGGCAGAAAGACAUAUUCUAUUUUAUAGACCACUCGUACACCUUGCCUUUUUUAGGACCUGCAGCAAAACAAAAACCUACUGUUUCAUUUUUGGUAUUUUAUAAAUAGUUUUAUGUUUAUAUAACGUAUCCUUAUUUAACCUUUAUUAACCCUUUUGGAAGGAGGCGCCAGGCAAAGACUACCUAACAAAUUAAAUGCUUAUUAAGAGAAAAUCACUCAAGAUCCACACAGCUCCUGGCCAUCGCAAGAAGCAUUUGAGAAAUGUCUAAAAUGUGGCUGCUGAGUAGGAAAGUGUCUCACUAAAAAUAUCUUGUCUGGUCCUAAAAAAAGCGCUCCAGUCUCCCCAUAUCCUUCAUGUUUUGUUACUAUGCUCAUUAAGCCAGACCCCUACCAGCUCCAUCGCUCCCUCUCUGUACUGAUGGGCUGAGUAUUUAGGGUAUGUGCACAGGAAUGCAGGAGUUUAUCUUGCGAAUACAUCUGUUCCCUGAUACCAUUUGUCCCAGGAAUGUCAUUUGCAGGGUCCAGCUGACUUGAAGGAGUAAAGAAAUUUGUAAAAUGUCUGGAAUUUACUAAAUAGGCAUGUGACAGAUAUGUAAGCAGUGGAGGGCACCAUCUAAUGGGCACAGGUGACAGGUUACAUGUCUGCUAGUUACUGCUAAGUGCAGGACUAUAGGGGGCGACAUCAGGUAAGGUUGAAAACAGUUGGUCCAGGGAUGGGUUACCAUGACAACAGUUCUCAAUAUUCUGUCUAAGGAUCAUGGGAAAUGUAGUAGACAAACUUCUGUAGUGUAUUAUUAGAUAUCAAUGAACCUGUCCAUCAUAACUUGGUGAGAUGUCUAAGUGGUCAUUAUGGAAUGGUUGUCAUGAUACAAUUAAUUGAAUCAUCUUCACGCUUUAUAUCUUUGUUUACGUUAUGGUUACUAUUACAAAGAGCACCGACUGAUAAUUGUGCCACUAUUACUAUUAUCUUUUAUAUAGCUCCAACAUAUUCUGCAGCGCAUUACAAUUAUAGAAUGGGGAUAUUUUGUAGCAAGUGACUGACAUACAGAAUGUAACAGAGACAGGCCUGCUUAAACAAAUUUACAAUCUGAAACUUAAAGGGACACUCCAGAUCCCUAAAACACUUUAGCUUGCUGAAAUGCUUUAUGUGUGAAGAAAGUGUUACACCCCUGGCUGCCAAGCAGACAACUGGUCCUGAGAUCUGCAGGUUUUGCAAGCUGUUUUUAGAUAUACCCCUAAUUUAAAAGUGCAGGAUUAAAUGCAUGCAAGUUUUAUUUGGGGUAUAUCUACUAAAUAGUGAUUUUUUAUUUAUUAUGUAUUUAGGGCAGUGCAGUGUCCCUUUAAAUACUUAUAUAUCUGUCACAAAAAGCCCUUUAGUUUGACUUGCAUCGGGAUUCAAUCUACUCUGACCCUUCACAUCCAAAUAUUGAGCAAUGAUAGCAUAAGAGAACAUUUACACUGCUUGUGACCUGUGUUACUUCUGCAUUUAAUCACCACAGAAUGACAUAGUUUUUGUCCUGAGGGCACUUAAAGUGUGGCAUUAUCAUGACUGUGCAUUUUGCGGUUUUACAAAUAGGGCUUUAAAUGGCGCAUCCUUCACGGCAGCAGUAAAUUGAAUCGAGCCCUGCAUUACAUAUAUUUACAACCCUAAGGCCAAUGCACAUUAACACUGCGCUUUUUGUCUUUACGUUUUUUACAUUUUGCAGAUAUAUCUGUAACUCUGGUUUCUGUCAUAUUUUUUGUUUUCUGAAGCACCAUAAACUAAAUAUGUCUUUUAUUUAAUUAAAUGGGGAACCAAUGUUUUUAGGGAAUUUUUUUUUUUUUAAACAAUUGUCCCCAUUGUAGUGGUUAUGGUGCUGGCUGACUACUAGUACCAUUCCCCAGUUUUGUGUUAACCCUUUUCCAACAGGGUUUGACUCAAAACUGCGGUACAGAACCUGUAAUUUAGCACCAUAACCACUGUAAUGGGCUGCGAUGGUAAUGGUGCUUAGAAUGUGCCUUUAAUGCAAUCCUGUAGAAUGCCACACUCCCUAUUUUAAAAAUCACACCUUUAAACCGGUAUGUAGUUAUUUUUGAUGUAUUUUAAUUAUUUAUAAUUUAAUUGUUACAUUUCCUCCUUUAUAAUAUUGUAAAGCUCUGUGGAAUUUGUUGGCGCUAUAUAAAUGAUAAUUAUAAUAAUAAUGAGGAUAAUGAUGACCAGGCUAGUAAAGCUCGAGCUGUUAGAGAAUGCCAACUCCUAUACUGUUUUUUUUUUUUUUUUUUCACGGCCUUACCCAAUUUAUAUUAGGGUUUUCCCCAACUCUCCAAAUCUUUAGUGUUCCCAUAAUCUAUUUAUUAUUCCGAUUUCCUUAUUAAAUCACUAUUAUUUUUUUUGUCAAUUUCCGCGGAGCCGGAUCCAAGGUGCUACCAUCUGCAAGUUACUGGCACUGCCUUCAUUUACCAAGCGUAUGCGACGGGGUCUAAUUGCUGCUCAUGCCUGAAGCAGACCAGUCAUACACAGCUAUCGUAGUUUUUCCAUUCAGAUUUUAAUUUGCUACAAUUGGGGUUUAGUUAAUAAUCCCAUUGUUUAAUUACUUACUUAUAACAGCGGCACUCAGACUGCCUCGGGUUUAGUGCUGAAUGGCAAGGUAUUUUGCCCCAGAAAACACUGAAUUGUAUUAUAAUUGUGCCUCAGGUUGAGUUUUCGAUUCACUACAUUGCGCUGCUUAGCGAAUAAAUCACAAAGCAUUUAUCUCUGUUGUGCUUAAAUAGUAUUUUUCAAUAUAUUGUGGUUGUAAUUCUGUUAUAUGCAACUAUGGUGAAGUGGUUUUGAAAUUUGUUACGAAAGAAUAUUUUAUAUCUGUAACUAUGUAUUUAGUUUUUUUCUGUUUUGCAC